UCAGGACCAGGAGAAGGAAGCAAAGAGUUCCGAGGGGGUGUUUGGUGACGAAGGGAAGAGCCCCAGGUCUGCCCAGAGCCGGGCCCAGGUGAAGAAGGCACCCAGGUGGGGCAGCACCGUGAGAGGAGAUGGAUUAUAAGCCCAGCCUGAUCCAGGAUGGGAACCCAAUGGAAAACCUGGAGAAGCAGCUGAUCUGCCCCAUCUGCCUGGAGAUGUUUACCAAGCCGGUGGUCAUCCUGCCGUGCCAGCACAACCUCUGCCGGAAGUGUGCCAAUGACAUCUUCCAGGCCGCAAAUCCUUACUGGACCAACCGGGGAGGCUCGAUGUCCAUGUCUGGAGGCCGUUUCCGCUGCCCCUCCUGCCGUCACGAGGUGAUCAUGGACCGCCACGGAGUGUAUGGCCUACAGAGGAACCUGCUGGUGGAGAACAUCAUCGACAUCUAUAAGCAGGAGUGCUCCAGUCGACCCCUGCAGAAGGGCAGCCACCCCAUGUGCAAGGAACACGAGGACGAGAAAAUCAACAUCUACUGCCUCACCUGCGAGGUCCCCACCUGCUCCAUGUGCAAGGUGUUCGGAGCCCACCAGGCCUGUGAGGUGGCCCCGCUGCAGAAUGUCUUCCAGGGUCAAAAGACGGAACUGAGUAACUGCAUCUCCAUGCUGGUGGCGGGCAAUGACCGGGUGCAGACCAUCAUCUCGCAGCUGGAGGACUCCUGUCGAGUGACCAAGGAGAACAGCCACCAGGUGAAGGAGGUGCUGAGCCAGAAGUUCGACGCCCUGUACGCCAUUCUGGAUGAGAAGAAGAGCGAGCUGCUGCAGCGGGUCACCGGCGAGCAGGAGGAGAAGCUGGCCUUCAUCGAGGCCCUCAUCCUGCAGUACCGGGAGCAGCUGGACAAGUCCACCAAGCUGGUGGAGACCGCUAUCCAGUCCCUGGACGAGCCUGGGGGGGCCACCUUCCUCCUGGGUGCCAAGCCCCUCAUCAAAAGCAUUGUGGAAGCUUCCAAGGGCUGUCAGCUGGGGAAGACAGAGCAGGGCUUUGAGAACAUGGACUACUUCACUCUGGACUUACAGUACAUCGCGGAUGCCCUGAGGGCCAUCGACUUCGCAGGAGAUGAGGAAGAAGAAGCCACUGAAGAAGAAGAUCAGGUGGAGGACGAGUCCACAGAGGGGAAAGGAGAAGGACACCCAUAAGAAGCUGAAGGACAGAGAGAGCCUCUCGACGAUGCAGAGACUGGGGAGGGUGGGGAUGGGCCCGAGACCUCGGUGACAGGCCCAGGGUGGGAGAGGUCAGGCCUAGGCAGGUGCAUCUCCCCUCUGCCCAGAGCAAGGGGCUAGGAGCAGGACCCCACUGACUGGUCCAGCGGCGGCCAGUGAACCAGAAGUGAGAACCAUGCUUGAAACAGCCACACAGGAUACCUUUUUUUUUCUUACCUGGUGCAAAAUGUACUAUUUUGUAUAUUUUUAAAAUGUGAUUUUUUUUUGUAUAUAUAUAUAUAUAUAUAUACUUGUAUAUGUAUGCCAAUGUGGUGCUUUUUCUAAAAGAUCUUUUGUAUGCUAACUGCUGUCAUUCUGUGACUGGUGUGGGUUAGAAGGAGGGGAAGACCCCGGAUGGAGAGAUCUGACCGCUUCCUCUCCAUGCCGUUUGGGGAGGGGGGGUGCUGGGGGGAGGGGCUAGGUAGCAGCACUCACAGGCCUCGAGAGGGCUCAUGUCCGCACUUCACUGCCCACCCCCGACAAGAAGGGGGUGACCACGUUUGUCAUAUGUUGUUUUAAUAAAUGCACAGCGCUCUCUUCUUAUUACCAA